CUCCCCCUCUAAAUUGAAGAUUCAGGCAAAGGUGCUAGGAUUCACAGAUCCAUACCUCUCAUGUCCCCAUUAUUACUCUCUUUCAACCACCUCUGUUUUGAUGCCCUCCACAGUAACUACACCUUUUAAAAACCCUCUGGCAACAUCAUUUUAGUGCCUCACAACCAAACCACAAUUUGUAUAACUCUUUUGGCACAAAUAAUUGAACAUCGGAGUUAUUGAUUUUGAUGUUUGUAAAUGAGUGUUUAGUUAUGUUGGAAGUCCUCAGUGGUGUUGGCUGGAGAGGUUACAUUUGGCUUCCUCUUCCUGAUUUUAUGAACAAAAUUGAUGGACAUUUUAAGCAAACAAAGGUUAUUAUUCCCCGGUUUCUUGAUAUAAUGCUGAUAAGCCCCAUGCAUGUGUUUUGACUACAAUGUUAUAUUCAUAUUUGUUGUAAUAUUUUCUUUUCUAUUCCUAAGUGGAAACGCAAAAAUGACCCUGAUGUUACAGUGGGUUGUCUUCAUUGAUUUUACGCUGCAAAUUGGGUUGAGGGCCGAGACGCUUGAGGGAGAUUCGGUUUAACAUUUCUGUUGACAUUUUUUUCCACCCAAACUCCAUCCUUCUCCUUUCCUUUAACAUUUCUCUCCUAUCUGGUUUAAUUUUUUUUUUUUUUAAAUCAGUGCUCUUUAAGUGGCUGUGGGGUUCUUGAAUGCAGUUAAACUAAUAGUCAAAUUCCUCUUUAAUUUCGUGUGAUUUGGACACACAUUUCCUUUAUACCAAGUAGAGGUGGUAAAAUGGAUGAAAUGAGACUAAGUUUGAACCAUUGUCAUGGACUCAUGGAUAAGGAAAUGUAAAAUCACAACAACAAUGUAAUGAAAGGUAGAAAGUAAGGGAGAGAAAAUUUGACAGCUGAAAGCCUUAGAGUGCGAAUAUUUUGAGCCCUUGUUCGCAACUUCGGAAGCUUGUCUCUCCGAGGCUAAGCUAAUUAAGUAAUUUUCCAAAAUUUAUUUCCGUUGCGACUUGCGAGCCGCCGAGUCAAUAGCGUUAAAAUAAUAAUAAUAAUAAUAAAUCCUGGAAUGCCACAACGGCUAGUUUUCAACUCUGGGGCUCUCGUUGCAGUUUCUAAUUGUAAGGGGGAGUUCAGAUUUGGAUACGCAUAUGAACCUACUGGAGAAGAGGAGAGGAGGCCCAUAUUUGGUUUUCUCGUUUAGCAUUAAUCCAACUAUCAAUUCGAUCGAUCUGAAGUGGAACGGAUUAGAUACAGCUUCCUGGAGUGGUUUGUUGGUUGUUGGUCAGUGAUCAAUCAACCUCUCUUUGUGACUUGAAAGGAGGACAGAAUGGAAGAAACUUCAGAUGCAACGACACAACGGCAGCAUCCGGCAGCACCAGUCCCGCUUCCGCCACCGGCCCAUCGUCGUGCCAAGUUGAGGGUGAGAGAGGUGAGCUCUAGGUUCAUGUCUCCUCUGGUGGCUUUCAACGCCAACCCAACUCCCACUCCUACCCCUACCCCGGCAGCACCUGAAUCCCAGCGUUCUAAAUCUGUCAAGAGUCGGCAGCCCCAACAGCAAUACGAGCUGGAACCCCGUUCAAUAGAUGAGAACUGGGUUCCAGAGACCGCUAGGAGCUUAGACAGUAGCACUCCUCUGGCUCCAGGAGGAGGAGGACGAGGAGGAUCAGCAGCACACGCACAUCAUCAGAGUGCUAAAUCCUCUUCAUCUGCACCCAGAAAGCAACAGCAACAGCAGCUGCAGCGAGUGAAGCCUCCUUAUAAGGAGAACGAUGCCAAGACAGAGUUGCAACAACCAAGACUUGGUAGCGGAAGACCCGACACUCCAAUCGUUGCUGGAGCCGACAGAGAUAGGGAUAGGAUUGUUCCGUCCAGAUAUAGGCUCGCUUCCCAAAGCCUUCAUCGGCCAUCAUCUGCCACCAAUUACUGUGUGAAUAUGAAUGGUGGUGGUGGUGCGCCAGUAACGGCCUCCGCUGCAGCUAAACUAUUACGAGAGGCCACUUCAACUGACCACCCUCUAAUUGAUUCUUCCUCAAGUCGCACUGCCUUUGGCGUCCAGAGUAAUACGAACAACCGGAUGAUGCCUCCGGAUUUGCGCUCUUCCAUGCCGGAGGUAGAUGUUCUUCCAACCGUGUCAACCAGGUGGCAGCAUGUUGCUAGAAGCUUCAAUAAUCUACCUGUUGCCGAAAUAUGUGAUAAUGACUCCAACUCAUUAAGGUCAACAACCUCUCCCUGUUCUCGUUCUCUGGUCAAUUUGCCACAAUCCAACAGUGAAAAUCCAUCAUCCUCCUCCUCCUCCUCAGCUUGUCUUAGUAAAGCUGGUGAUCCAACAGCUUCCAAAACUCCCUCCAAAACCUCCUUGACGAAUCAGGUGGCAACUCUUUGUCUGCCUUCACAUCUGUCAUCACUAAAACAGGGAGUAGCAGCGGAUGCUAGAAAAGGAAAGAAACUAUUUCAUCACCAAGAUGAUGUAAAGCAUGCUUUAAAGUUGCUGUACAACCAUUACUUGCAGUGGCGUUUCGCUAAUGCAAAAUCAGAGGUCUCUAUGCUCGCUCAAAAAAAGGAAGCAGAGGGGCAACUGUUUUCUCUUGGAAGCAAGAUUUCGCAGAUGCGUGAGGUGGUGAAGAAUAGUCACAUCGAACUUAAUCGAUGGCAAAGAAUAAAAACUUUAUUAACAACAGUUGAAUCGCAGAUGCCAUAUCUUGAUGAAUGGUCUACUGUGGCAGAGGAUUACUCGCAUUCUUUAUCAGGUGUCACGGAUGCUCUACUUAAUUUGUCACUCAGACUUCCAAUCAGUGGCGGAGUUAAGCUACAGGUUGACUUAACAGAGUUGAAGGAGAUCUUGGACUCAGCUGUGAAGGUGAUAGAAUUGAUUACUUUCUGUAUCCAAAGCUUCAUGGUGAAGGCGGAAGAUAUGGAAAGCUUAGUUUCUGAACUGGCUAGGAUUAUGGGUGGAGAAAGAGCCCACAUCCAGGAAUGUGGAGAUUCCAUACUGAAGUCAUAUGCAUCACAGGUCGGAGAGUGGAGCCUAAGAGGCCAUCUUAUUCAAUUUCUUGGGCGUAAGAAUCGGCAGCAGCAGAAAAACUCUUCACAAUUCCCCUAAACGCGAAGUGCGAAUAUUUAUUGUGAAAUCAUUUUUAUUCUUUCAAUUAAAAAAACAAAAUAAUUCUCAGUUUGAAAUUUAUUUACUGAUCCUACGCCAACACUGUAUGAUACUGCUAUACCGAAUGCAUAUACCAGUUUGUUCGUUCUCUUAA